GUGAUGCUAAAUACAACUAUGUACUUAAAAUAUUAGCAAUAGAAUAUAUUCUGUUUGUGAUAGUUUUGUGACAAUGUAGGUUUUGGUUUGGAGGUUCUUCACCGUAGUGCUUGACACAGUGAGUAAAAUCCAUGUCCCCUUCCUUAAAUGAUGAAGAAAUGCUGUUUUGAAAAUUGUUGCGGUUUCUGUAAAUUACCCUUGCAGUGAAAAAGGAAGGAAGUCUCUUAGUAUCUUGCUGCUUGGCUCAGGAGUGAUCAGAGCCUUCUAAUGACCAGUGAGUGGAGGGGACAUGCAGCAUUCAUGGAUGUCAGAUACCAAUUUUCUGCACUCAUGUCUUGACCCUCAGUAGAUUCUAAACCAUAGCAGAAGUCACUCUGUAAUCAUCCAAGCAGUAUUUGUUGCCUUGACACCUCUUUGAAGAAUGGUGUGUGGGUAGACUGAUUCCCUGUGCUCACUGCACAGUAAGAAGUAGCACUGAAGUCAGUAUUUAACAUGCAGGAAUUUUGUGAUGCCAGUUGUCUGUCACUUCUGCCAUAGCUUUUUGUGUCCCUCUGUACACAUGGUAGGGACUGUCUGCGCUUGCUGUCCUGUGCACCUAAAAUUUGAAUCUGGAAAGUGACUGGAUGCAGGGCAUGGGUUGCAUCAAGUUGUACAUGUGUUGCAGAUAGAAGGGUUGAAUGAUACCAGACUUCCAUUCAGUAGCCAGAAGAGGAGGAAAAGAGUUCAUUCUGGAUCCAUGAGUUUAGGGUGUCAGCACAGUAACAUGAAAGAGACAUGCUGGUGAAAUUUCAUGGUCAUGGACUGCCAAAAUGCCUGUUUUCAGAAGCAGCUGUUGAACAAGAUAAAACAAGCCACUCCUCCUCUGCUUCUCAACUGACUGUGGUUGGAACAAGGCUGUGAAACACACUGCUCCUGGUACUGAAUUUCAGUUUUGCCUUCUGAUAACAGAAAUAAAAAAUUCUUGUACUUCAGUACAUGCUGUAUAUAUAUGGAAGAGGGAAAGGAGAAUUGGCAGAAUAUAAAUUACGGCUUUCAGCAGCUCAGGUGUACCAGUGAGGAAGGAGAUUCUGUGGUGUUUUGCCCCAGGCUUUGUUGCUGAUGGCUCUGUCACAUCAGUCUAGUUUACUUUGUGCUGUUACAUACGUGUGUAUUACUGUGGUUGCCCGCUCGUUAUCCAGAAGGUGGUAGGUUCAAGAGGAAGUCGCGGUGCUAACAGCUGCAGAUGGAGCGUACUGUAUGUCUGAUGGCCCCUUUCAGCUCCGCGGGGCCCAGCCUCCCUCCGGGGGGCACCGCCGCGCUCCGCCGGAGCCCGCCUGCUGGCAGAGGCGGCGCGUUCCGCGGACGCGCCCACAAACCGACGUUCUGCCGCUUGCCGGGGCCGGGGGUGCCGCCUCCGUCCCGCAGGCCUCGGGCUGGCGGCGCACCGCCCUACGGGGGGGCCCGGCGCCGUGACACAGCGCUUGGGCUCGCGGCUGGGCGGGAAACAGCGGGAAGCGCUGAGCGCCGCCCGCGGAGCAGCUGCCGGGAGAGGGCGCGGGGCGGGAAGCCGUGUGAGAGCUUCAGCUUCGUUGUGAGGCUUGUGACAAAGGAACACCACCUUGCUACAGCCAGAGAAGAAUGAGCCCUUGGACUGCAAAUCAAGGGAUAUGUGUGAACCACUGUGCUCUCUCCACUGAAAGUUGUGGCAGAGAGACUGUUGGUUCCAGCAACAUGGAGGAAGUUGUCAGCUUGAAGUUCCGUCAGCAGCUUCUGUUCAUUGAUGAAAAUCUGGUGGCUGAAGAUGUAGCAGCUUUAAAAUUUCUCUGUACUGAUUUGCUUCCCUUCAAAAAACUAGAAAGUGUGAAGUCAGCAGUGGACAUCUUUCAGCUUCUCAUGGCUGAAGAAUAUCUGAAUAAGGAAGAUACUUUCCUGCUAGCUGAACUCUUAUACAGAAUUAAAUGUCACUCCUUGCUCAAGAAACUUGGUUAUACCAAAGAGAAAGUGCAAGAAUGUCUGCAUGAGAAGGGAAGAGUGUCUCCGUACAGGCAGAUGCUGUAUGAAUUGUCAGAGAACAUUACCAAUGAGAUGUUGAAGCACAUCAUAUUCCUACUGCAAAACUGUCUUCCAAAGCGACGGAUAAUUUAUUCUGCUCUGGAUUUGCUGAUUUUAUUGGAAAAACAGGGCCUUUUAACUGAAAACAAUGUACAGAUGCUGGAGGAGGUCUGUAUGAAUGUUUCACCUGAUCUCCUGGAAACAGUAAACUGCUACAAAAGGACAAAAGUGCCUCUGCCUCAGCAGAACACUCUGCCAGUCAAGGAAUCUUCACUGUUUCACACUGGAGACAUCAGAGUAUUCACUUCCCCACAGGAGACCUCGAUCAAAUCAGUCAGUUCUAAUAUCAAUGAUAACAAAGCAACUAAUCUUACACAAGGCUUCUCUGAAAUAAACCUGGAGCUGCCAGAAGAAUUCAGCAAUGUAGAAAAUGAAUCCAAGAAGAUGAAAAGCUACAAAAUGGAUGGACCACACAGAGGAUUUUGUCUUAUUAUUAAUAAUGUUAACUUUGAUAGGUCUCUUCAGGAGAGGAAGGGUUCUUGCAAAGAUGCUGGGGAACUGGAGCAAGUAUUCACAUGGCUUGGUCUGGACGUGAGGACUUACACUGACCUGACAUCUUGGGAGAUUAAAGAUCUGAUGCGAACUUGGCAGCGUUUGCAAGAUCACAAAGACAGGGACUGUUUUAUAUGUUGUAUUCUAUCUCAUGGAGAGUCAGGAGCGAUCUACGGGAAAGAUGAGGAACUUGUAUCAAUCCGCAUGAUCAUGUCCCACUUCACGGCUAAACAAUGUCCACAACUGGCUGAAAAGCCCAAACUCUUCUUUAUCCAAGCUUGCCAGGGAAAGGAGAUACAGUGUCCUGUCUAUGUUGAAGCUGAUGCAAGAAUUCCCGAUUUGUCUUCCAUGCAACAGAGUGUUUCUCCUUCUGAAAGUAUUCCCGAAGAGGCUGAUUUCCUCCUAGGCAUGGCCACAAUUGAUGGAUAUGUCUCUUUCCGGCACAUUCAGCAGGGUGCUUGGUAUAUUCAGGCCCUGUGCAGCAAGCUACAGUUGUUGGUACCAAGGGGUGAAGAUAUUUUGUCAAUUCUUACAGAAGUUAAUGAAGAUGUGGGCAGACGUGUUGACCGCUUGGGGACAAAGAAGCAGAUGCCCCAACCGGCAUAUACCUUAAGGAGAAAAUUAAUAUUCCCGAUACCUAGAAACCCUCCUCCUUCACAGCAACAUUGAGGUUUUUAAAAUACAUCCUUUUACCAGCACAUCUCAUUUAAAUGCAGUUUACCACACUACCUGUUUUAAAGCAGUUAGCCAGAAUCCUGAGGAACCUAGCUUCAAGGCAAGGGCUCAUAAAUAUCUUGGACAAACAAAACUGUGAAACUGGAAAAGACUGAAUUAAACAAUCCAUGUGCCAGCUGUUUACAUCGUCUAUAUAUUUUGAGUUAUCAGGGUUGGGAGAAGAAUGCUUUUAUUGUUUUAAAACUGUUUUGUACCUGCACAGACUGCAGAUACAGAAGUGUUUUUCUGACAGCAUAAGGGUUACAUGUAGCCUUCCAUAUCUAAACCAGGAUUGUUAAUGGUCUGCUUUAGGCCCAUCAUGUUUUAUUUUGCAAGCUAAAACUGUUAAAUCCUGCCCCUAAUCCACUAGCAAUGUUCAUAGAGGAAGACAAAGGUGGGGACAAAGGGGAGAAGCUUAAGUAGUGAGUGGAAGAGGAUUUAUUCCAUCUUUGAUUUAAAUUACAUUUAACUUAAUGGGGAAACAGUUAACUAUUGACAUUAGUAAUUUGUUCCACAGUGCACACUGAGACUGUCUAGUGGCUAACAUAAACCUUGUUCAGAACAAUGAGAUCUUUCAAAAACUGAGUCAAGCCAAAAUGCUGCAUAGUAUUCCCUCUGUGAAACCUUGUGAACUGUCAUUUCCCCAUCACUUCCGGAAAUAGAAGUUAUGAUGGAAGAUUUGCACACUAUGAAAUAUGGCAUUCAGCAGUGUAUCUGUAUAGGUUUAUCAGAUUGAUUAACUUUGUUAAGUAUUAAAUUUUUGGAUUAUUGUUUCUUGCUUUAAGACCCAAUAGGUAGCCAUAUGGGAAACAAGGCUUCUUGUUGAUUAAGCUUCUAACAGAGCAUUUUGUGAGUUAACUGAAAUAAUGUCAUGUUUUUUAUGAGCAUUUACUAUGUCUGUCUGUCCUUCCUGUUUGUGACUGCAUUAAAUUCAUACCUCUUUUUAA